AUGCAGUCCAAUGCAGUGAUGCUGGCGCUGGUGCUCUUUGGAAAUCUCAUGGUACUUCAUGUCUCAGCUCAAAACGCUGGGUUUGUGAAGUCGCCUAUGUCUGAGACUAAGCUCACGGGAGACACCUUUGAGCUGUACUGCGACGUGGUCGGUAACCCCACCCCAGAGAUCCAGUGGUGGUACGCAGAGAUCAACCGAGCCGACUCCUUCAAGCAGCUGUGGGACGGGGCACGCAAGCGGCGCGUGUCCAUCAACACGGCGUACGGCGCCAACGGCGUGAGCGUGCUGGGAAUCACGCGCCUCACUCUGGAGGAUUCCGGAACCUACGAGUGCCGGGCCAGCAACGACCCCCGUCGCAACGACCUGCGGCAAAACCCUGCGAUCACCUGGAUCCGAGCUCAGGCUACCAUUUCUGUACUGCCCAAACCAAAGAUCAACGCCUCUGAUGAGGUGAUCCUGCCCUCGGAUAGCCACGGACCCCCUGUCACCCUGCAGUGUAAUUUAACCAAUGCCCACAACACCUACCGCGAGAGUUUCUGGAUGAAGAACAGAGAAGAGAUUCCAGACACCAGGAAAGAUCGGAAGAACACUGAGUACAAACUGAACAAACCGAGAGCUGACGAUGCUGGGGAGUAUAUGUGUGUUUACACCUUCGAAAUGGCACCAAAUACAAACGCCACUAUUGAAGUCAAAGCAUCUCCUGACAUCAUCGGUCACAAGCGAAGUGAGAAUAAAAAUGAGGGACAGAAUGCUCUCUUAUACUGUAAGUCAGUGGGAUACCCUCAUCCUACAUGGACAUGGCGCAAACUAGAGGGUGGAUCUUAUGUGGAUAUCGACAACUCUUCUGGACGAUUCUUCAUCAUCAAUAAAGACAACUACACAGAGCUCAACAUUCUCAACCUCGACAUCAACACCGACCCAGGAGAAUAUGAGUGCAACGCAACCAACAUUAUUGGCUCGCGGUCAGCCAAGUCCAUCCUGCGGGUACGCAGUCACCUGGCCCCCCUCUGGCCCUUCCUGGGCGUACUGGCUGAGAUUCUCAUCCUGGUGGUUAUCAUUGUAGUCUACGAGAAGCGCAAGAAGCCAGAUGAGGUUCCCGAUGAUGACGAACCAGCUGGGCCAGUGAAAACAAAUUCUACCAACAAUCACAAAGAUAAAAACCUGCGACAAAGGAAUACCAACUGAACAAGCGGAAAAAGAAGCUGACUAACUGUUUCAUCUUGACUACAUGAAGGUAUUC